GAAAUCAUAAGCUGGUAACUGAUGUUGCAACAAGGUGGAACAGCGCAUACGACAUGGUCGAGAUGUUCUUGGAACAACAACCUGCAAUUUGUGCCACCUUGCUGUCACCAGAAGUCAGAAAAGGAGAGACAGAUCUGUGCACUCUUACUGAAACAGAUGUGACAAAUGCAAAGGACGCUGUGAGGGCAUUAAAGCCAAUGAAGGAUGCAACAACACUUAUGUCAGAAGAGCGCAAUCCGACAGUGUCUCUCAUUGCUCUUCUAAAUGCGCAACUCCUCCAGAAUAUGUCAGACACCAUCGGAGAUCCAUGAGAUCAAGAAUGCAAUCAGAACAGAUCUCCUGAAGAGGUACAACAGUGAGUCAGAGAAGAGGAUCCUUCAUACAGCCCCUGCCCUGGAUCCCCGAUUUAAGGGAAUGCCUUUUCUCACAGAAGAGGAACGAUUGGAGGUAUACAGAGCACUGGCAGAGGAGGCUGCCUCCUUGGAGAAUGAGUGUACACCUAGCAGGACAGAUGUGGAUGAAGCACCUGAGGGAACAGGAACUCCAGGAGAAGAAACAUCCAUGGAGGACAGCCCCUCUGCUGCUCCCAAACGAAAGGCCUCAUCGCUGCUUGUGAGACUGCUGGGGCAGUCUUUCACUGACACUGAAGGUACAGUCGAACCCAAGACCCCCUAUGUCAUUGCUAAGGAGGAAAUGGAGGCAUACUGUAAAGCUCCAUCUCUGCCUCUCACAGAGGACCCUUUGAACUGGUGGCGUGUCUAUGAGGUCACGUUUCCUCUCCUCUCUCGUCAAAGUGAUACUUGUGUAUCCCAGGCACAUCUCAGCAGGAGAUGUGGUGACUGCUAAAAGAAGCACUCUUAAAUCAGAGCAUGUGGACCAGUUAGUGUUCUUAAAGAAAAACCUACACAUUCCCAAAUGCUGAGCAGUGAAUAAUGCUGAGUAGUUUGUGAUGUUUCAGGAAGUUCCCUGUGUCCAGUGGUGUUAUUUUAUAUUUGUUUUUUGCUUUUAUUUUGUGUAUUAAAACACUG